GGCUGCCCGACGACGCCGGCGGCGCCCAGCACCAUGCCGAUGCCAGUGGUAACGACGGCGAGGAGCACCACAUCUCCGUGCCCGAUUCGCGGUGGCGGACUGCAACGCCGGCUACAACGACUUGGACCCGCUGCAGUGGGUCCGCGGCUGGUCCGGCGAGAAGAAGCUGUAUUGCUGCAAGACGGCGAACAGGGGUUGCCCUUCGGAGUUGCCCCCGCCCUCGGGCCUGCCGCCGUCCAACGCGCCCCCCGAGCCGGACAAGAGCGACUACGACUGCGACGCGGGCUACCACCACUGCAUGCACUGCCUGGUGCUGUCGUGGUCUCCGGCCAAGAUCGACUACUGCUGCAAGACCCAGCACAAGGGUUGCAGGGGCGAGGAGCCGGAGUGAGGAGCCCUUCCCCGCCCUCCUCCGCCCAUGUUGGCACGGCGCGAUCUGGUCGUCGUUGCAGUUUUUUUGUCGCGAGCAGUCUCUCGCUCGCGCAUGUUUGUCGUUCUGGAGGUCCCGGAGGCGCGGGUGGCUCCACAGGGGAGGGCCAGGACCUUCUGUUCGACUCGUGGCCCGCCGCCGCGGCGGGCGGCAAAGGUACGCCCGCCGCGGCCUCACGGGGCAGAGCAGGCGCUGCCCGGCCCGGUCCAUGGUCAAGCCUGCCGGGCGGGCGGCACAGUCAGGGGCAAC